AUGGAUGCCCGCUACAACCUGGAUGACCUGGAGGACUUUACGUUCGACAGUGUCAUGCUGGUUACGGCGAAUGACGCCAACUGUCUUCUCUGGUGCAUGAGUGUAGGGCUCCUCAAAAGCUCUAUGAUCUGCCCUCACUGUACGAAGGACAUGAAACUGUCUGCCGCCACCCACCGCCGACGAGCAACGUGUGGGUCCAUCGAACGAAGUGUGAAGUCUGGAUCGUUUUUGCCCAAGUCGAAUCUCCCUGUCCGCACCAUUGUGCGUAUUAUGCAGCAUUGGGCCUCGCGACGCCCGGUAGCCGACGUGAUCGAAGACCUACGUGUGGCCUCAGCAACCGCCACGAACUGGUACAAGUUUUGUCGCAAUAAAAAAUCCAAGUGCAACUGUGGUACGUGCCACCCAGAGUGUUGGUUGUUUGGCGGCGUUGAUCAAGCAACCAAGAAGUGGUUUGGCGUGCUGACGUAUGAAGACCGCACGAAGCCGUUCGGGUCGUAUGUGUCCACCAAUGAGAGCCACACAUUGGUGAGCAAUCCUGCGUUGACGGGCAUGGAUUACUCUCAUCAGUUGGUAAACGACUCCGAAGACUUCGUCAACCCAGCCAACGGAGCCCACACACAAGGCAUUGAAAGUGUGUGGGAGAUGACGAGUUCCUUUGGCGGCCGUAGUUUCCCCCCGUGGAGCGUGUGGUAA